AUUAUUGUGAAAAUCUUCAUUUAUCGUAUCAAAGCUUUGAAUUUUGAUUGGUUUUUUUUAGAGGAUAAACGAAAAGAAAGUAAAAGGGAACAGCGUAUAAAAUGGAAACGCCGCCGGCGGAGGAACUAUUGAGAAAGAUUCAAGAACUAGAAGUGGGACAUGCGAAUCUCAAGCAAGAAAUGUCGAAGUUAAAGCAAUCCGGCGGUGAGUCAAGGCUUGAUUCGACUCGUCAAAGAUCCCACUCUAUUUCCCCUCAGCGCCCUCGAUUACCCGGGAACGCAGCGGCUGCUUCGGCGGGAGGGACAGCGACGGCUGUUGCUUAUUGGAAGAAAACUUCGGGUCCAUUUCGACAUUCCUCGCCGUUGCAAAGAGAGAGCAGAAGCAAUGACACCUUAAAUGGCGGCAGCGGCGGCGGCGGCGGAGGUGGUGGAAGAAAAAGUGGGAAUACCGGACCAGCUGCCGUUAAUUUCACUAACAGCCAGUAUUUAAAGAUAUUACAGUCUAUGGGUCAAUCUGUUCAUAUAUAUGAUCUUAGUGGCCGUAUAAUUUAUUGGCAAGUAAAAGAAAAAGGGAAUCGAACUGCUGAAAAACUUUAUGGGUAUUCAGCAGCAGAGGCUUUAGGGCAAGAUGCCAUUGAGCUUCUCGUUGAUCAUAGGGACUUUUCUGUAGCUCAUGGUAUAGUUCAUCGUGUUAUGAUGGGGGAAAGCUGGACUGGGCAAUUCCCUGUUAAGAACAAAAUGGGGGAAAGAUUUUCAGCUGUUGCAACCAAUACUCCAUUUUAUGAUGAUGAUGGUUCUUUGGUUGGAAUCAUUUGUGUUUCGACCGAUACUCGGCCUUUUCAAGACAUGAAAGUUGCAUUGGCAGCUGAAAAGCAAGCCGAUGGUGAUUCGGCUUUUAGCUGGUCUAAAAACGCAGUCUCGGCUAAACUCGGUCUUGAUCCUCAGCAGCCGUUACAAGCUGCAAUCGCGUCGAAAAUAACGAAUUUGGCGUCCAAGGUGAGCAACAAAGUGAAAUCGAAGAUUAGGACGGGAGAGAAUUGUUCCGAUCCUGAAGGGGGAAGUGGAGAUAGUCAUUAUUCUGAUCAUGGUUUGUCCGAUGCUGUUCUUUCUGAUCAUAAAGAAGAUGCAAAUUCCAGUGGAGCUAGUACGCCUAGGGGAGAUUUACACCCAUCUGCUUUUGGUGUGUUUUCGCCUUUUGAUGAGAAAUCGCCGGCUAGAACCUCUAGAGAUUUUGGUGAUGAGAAUGAAGGAAAACCCGCAAUCCUAAAGAUUAUGACCUUAAUGGGUAAAAAAGGGAUAACAUGGCCUUGGAAAGGGAAUGAUCGAGAAGGACCCGAGACAAGGACUACACGUUUUGUAUGGCCUUGGUUGAGUACCGAUCAAGAGAAUGAAACGUUUCAACCGAAGGCUCCAUAUUCUGGUACGAAAAGUGAAGGACAUGUUAAUGAGAGUAACAAAUCUGUCAAUAACGAGGCAGCAUCAGGUUCUUGGUCGUCUGCUAAUGUUAACAGCACAAGCAGUGCCAGCAGCUGUGGUAGUACCAGCAGUAGUGCUGUUAAUAGAGUUGAUCUCGACACUGAUUGUUUAGAUUACGAAAUCUUGUGGGAAGAUUUGACAAUCGGAGAGCAAAUUGGGCAAGGUUCUUGUGGAACCGUGUAUCAUGGUCUGUGGUAUGGAUCAGACGUUGCCGUCAAGGUAUUCUCGAAGCAGGAAUAUUCAGAUGACGUGAUAGAUUCCUUUAGACAGGAGGUAUCUCUGAUGAAAAGACUGAGGCAUCCGAAUGUUCUGUUGUUCAUGGGAGCUGUGACUUCGCCAGAACGUCUCUGCAUUGUCACAGAAUUCCUUCCACGUGGGAGUUUGUUUCGAUUACUACAGAGAAAUACUACCAAACUCGAUUGGAGACGGCGUGUUCAUAUGGCACUGGAUGUUGCACGGGGAAUGAAUUAUCUUCAUCAUUGCAAUCCACCUAUCAUUCAUCGUGAUUUGAAGUCAUCAAAUCUUCUAGUUGAUAAGAACUGGAUCGUGAAGGUUGGAGAUUUUGGUUUGUCACGUCUCAAGCACGAAACAUAUCUCACGACAAAGACUGGGAAGGGAACGCCUCAAUGGAUGGCACCAGAAGUUCUUCGUAAUGAACCCUCUGAUGAGAAGUCCGAUAUAUAUAGUUUUGGAGUCAUUUUAUGGGAGCUUGCUACCGAGAAGAUACCUUGGGAUAAUCUCAACUCAAUGCAGGUAAUUGGAGCUGUGGGGUUCAUGAAUCAACGGCUAGAGAUUCCAAAAGAAGUAGAUCCGCGGUGGUCUUCUAUAAUUGAAAGUUGCUGGCAACGUGAUCCACAAUGCCGACCAACGUUCCAUGAACUGUUGGACAAGCUUAGAGAUCUUCAAAGACAAUACAUGAUCCAACUUCAGCAAGCUCGUAAUUCAGCCGGAGACGGUUCUCAAAGGGACUGGUGAAUCAAAUUUACGACUUUUAUCGAUUCCAUCCUAUUGCCUUCAAGCAAAAAAAGCAGAGCCAAAGGCAGUUCCUUUGCUACCCUGAGACUUUUACGGCGUUGAGACCCCGAAAAUCAGGCCAGACAAAAAAAAGACGAAACCUAGACAAUUGUUGGCACUAUGUGAGUGAGUUUUUGCCCUGAGUUGUGAGAUGUCUGUUAUAAUCUGACAUCAUAAAAAUCUUCAAAAAAAUCUGUUUGACAGUGCUGUGUGAUUAGAUUCAUGUCAACUUGUGAUUCUUUUUCUAUAAAAAAAUUAUGUAAAGCAUGUUAGAACCACUAAUGAAAGUUGUAUAUAAUACAGAAUAUAUAUAUCUACAAUGGAGUAAAAUAGAGUGAAGAGAUCAA